UUGGUACAUAUGACGUCAUUGGCUUCCCAUUGACGUCACAGCAGAGGGGGCUGGGUGCGCGUGGUGACGUCAGCGCCGCUUCCUGCCGCGUGUCCUUUACAAGCCCCGCCCUUCCCCGGUGCUUUCAUCUCAUCUCUUUUCUGCUCCGCCCCUUCCCCUUCUUGUCCCCUCAUUGGUUAUUUCAGGCCCCUCCCCAGCUUCUGAUUGGCUCUCCAGGGCCCCGCCCUUCGCUCCUCCCAUUUCCCGCCCCCGCCCCUUCAUUGGCUCAUUCAGGCCCUGCCCCUGGUUCCUCAUUGGUUCACCGUGACCCCGCCCCCCUCCGGUCCGUCACCGGAUCCUCCCGCCCGGCGCCGCCGCCGCUUCCUCCGGGCCCGCUGCGGCCCCGGCCCCGGGACCCCCUCGGACCCCCGGGACCCCCCCGGGACCCCGGGCCCGGCCCCGCCAUGUGGCUCUUCUCCCGGGACCCGGUGCGGGAUUUCCCCUUCGAGCUGGGCCCGCCCGAUGCGGAUCCCGACGCGGACCCGCUCCCGGACCCCGCGGCCCCGGCCCCGCUCUGGCGGCUGCUGCGGGGGCGCCGCAAGGCCGACGGGGCUCCGGUGUCGGUGUUUGCCCACAGCCUGGGCCCGGGGGGGGACCCCGGUGCUACCGCCCUGGCCCGGGCGGGGCUGAAGCGGCUCCGCAGCCUCCGACACCCCAACAUCCUGGGGUACCUGGACAGCCUGGAGACGGAGCAGUGUCUGUACCUGGUGACAGAGGCCGUGACCCCCCUGCGGCGGCACCUGCGGCUGCACCCCCCGAGCGGGGACCAGGGCGAGCAGGAGGUGGCCUGGGGGCUGUGGGGGGGUUACCGAUAUCGGGGGAGUUUUUUGCCCCCCCAGACGGCGCUGGCGUUCCUGGGGGUCUCGGGGCUGGUUCACCACGCGCUGGGACUCGACGCCGUCUUUGUGGACCCCGGGGGCGAGUGGAAGCUGGGGGGGCUCGAGAGGGUGGCGGCCACCAGCGAGGGGACCCCCACUCGUCUCCCCGGUGACCCCUCCCGGCCCCAGGACCCCCCCGAGCUCAGCGACCCCUCCCGAGGGCAGGGGGAGCCCUGGGCAGGGGACAUGUGGCGCCUGGGCUGCCUCAUCUGGGAGGUCUUCAACGGACCCCUCCCCCGGCCGGGGGCCCUGCGCAGCUUCGGCAAGCUGCCCCCCGGGCUCAUCCCGCCCUUCUCGGAGUUGGUGGCGGCGGAUCCGGGGGCCCGGCCAGGCCCGGGGCCACUCCUGGAGCGGCUGCAGCGCCCAGGAGCCUUCCUGGCCUGUGCCCUGGUGCGCACCGGGCUCUUCCUCGAGCACUUCCAGGUCCGGGACCCCUCGGAGCGCCGGACGUUCCUGCAGGAGCUGCCCCCUCUCCUGGAGUCCCUCCCGGGGCCCUUCCGGCGCCACAAGCUGCUCCCGCGGCUGCUCGAGGCCCUGGAGCUGGGCAGCGCCGAUGCCAGCGCCCUGCCCCCCCUGCUGCAGGUGGGACCCCCAAAAGUACCCCCAUAACCUCCCCGAUCCCAA